AUAUGUAUGAGUGUGAGCCGACUUUCCCGCCACCGUGCUAGGCAUGAAACGAGCUCACAAGGCUUGACUCGGCACUUGAAUCCAGACCAGCGCGACGAACGGUUGCAAGUAAGCAGCUCCUUAAGAAGUGAACCCGAACCAAACUCAACAGUUUUGGCGCAGCCGGUAAGACAAUGAUGAACGACGAUGGAAGAUUCGGUGUGUCGUUGGGAGCUUUCAACGAUAAGGUGGAUACACAAGAUUUACGUCGUGAAUGGGAAGAGUGGCAUCGGGCCUUUGAGCUGACUCUUGAGAUGCGACAUAUCGAAUCCCAACACGAUAAGUUGGUAACCAUGCUGACGAUUGGAGGACGAGGAUUGCAGCGAAUUUUCUAUAAUUUGCGCCCUGUGAAGGAAGAAAUUUUCCCAGAGUCCGUUAAGAUUCCUUUGAUGCCGCGCGAGGUCCCGGAAUAUGACAACGCAGUCAAACGGCUAGAGAAAUUCUUCGUAGGCAAGCGCAACGAACGGGUGGAACUAGAAGUUUUCCGCUCAAUCAAACAAUCGAGCGAGGAGUCUUUCAACAAUUUCAUCCUCAAACUUCGGGCCCAAGCUGCUAGAUGCGAAUUUUUUGAACGUGAAGAGACGGAACUUCUUCAGCAAAUCACAAUGGGCGCUCGUGACGAGAAGGUGCGGGACAAAGGCUUGGAGAAUGUCAUGAGCUUGGAUGAAGUUAUCACCUAUGCUAUAAAUCGCGAGAUCCCGGCCAGUAGAUAG